AUGAUGCCUACCACUGCAUCUUCAGCCCAGAUGUUGAUUCAAGAGCGUGACUGUGUUGGUACAAAUUCAUCACCACCUCAAACUGUAAUUCCUCAAAGUCUAACCCAAACGCUUAUUUCUUUUCCAGAAGGUGUUUCAACUACUGCUGUAACACCAGAGAAUUCCAAUGCUGUUGCAGAAAAUCCAAAUUUAAUAGCUCAGUCUACCUCAAUAUCAGCGACAGUCUUAACUGGGUCAAGCGUUUCAUCUCUGGUAAAUUCAAGUAGUUCUGUGGUGUUCACUACGACCUCAGAAGUGUAAAAAAAUUUCGCUCCCGGAGUUCCAGUCCCGGAUGAUGGAACAGCCACUAUAAACACCAUCCAAACAGCUGCAAAUUCUUGUGCUGAAAACAAUGAUUCAGCAUCUGUUUGUAACAGUUCAAGUAGUCUUCUUGAUAUUCCAACCAUUUUUUCAAACUUUACACCGUGCAUCAAAUGUAAUUCUAUUCUUGUCUGUUCCUGCCCUGGACCAUCCGGUGUUGGAGGGGAUAAUGGCAGUGUUCUUCCAACAUGUCAAGCUUCCUGUCAAGGUCCUUGUACUUGUGAAGAGAUGGAAGUGGAUAAAAAAGAAGAUUUGAAACCAUUUGAACAAGAUGUGAAACCUCAAGAAUUUCCCACUCCAAUUGUGGUAAGAUUUGAAAGAAGGAGACAAAUCAUUUCUGUUGUUGUGUUUUUGUGAUCUUGUGGACAGUGUUACACUAGUAUUGCAUUGUAAUAAUACUGCUUCCUUGACCCUGGCUUGCUCAAGCACACAGUUUUAUAAUGAGAGUUUUUUCCUUAAUUUCCUUGUCGCCAUGACUUGACAUGUAAAACUGAUUUCAUACUUAAGACUCUUAUUCUUAUUAACUUUACAUCAAUCUCCAAAUACAGCUUAAGAAACAAGGUUUUAUUUUAUCCUCAGCCAUUGGAUCGCUUGGAUCAGCUCUUUGAUGGUUUGAUUGAAUAUGACAAGAUUAUCAAAGCUGAACAGCCAGAGGUAAAAAUAUGUACAGUAUUGUAAGCGUAAAAUUGGUCUCGUGUCUUGGGUCAUCUGUAUUAUUUUUUCUUGGGCAAGAUGCUCACAGUACCUCAAUCCCCAGAGCUUUAAAUAAGUAUAGUUAAAUGUUAGGAAAAUCUGAUAAAAUCCUGGUGGAGAGAGGGUGGAGUGUUACCUUUGACAAAGGGAGAAGAAAAAGGGGAAGAAAUUCUCAGAAAUCUUAUGUUACCAAAACUAAGAUAAGCUGAGGGGCUGUUUUAAACAGGCUCACAAAUUGACCUCUCCUUCACCCAAACUAUGUUUAUUUAAUUAAUUACAUGUGCUUCAAAUCCUGUUAUCAUUCAUCACUCACUAGUUCUGUGGAGUUGUAGUAACUGCACUAAAUUGCUGACUUUAUGCUUCUUCUUAACAAAAUACAGUCUUUAUUUUACUAAAAGGCAAUUACCACAAGACUCUUCCCGUACCAGCUGCAAGCUCUAAACUGGAUGAUAACAAGAGAAAACAACACUGAUCUAGCACCAUUCUGGAACAAAGUUAACAACAGCACAUGGUUUAACAAGGGAACCAACAAGUCCACUGACAGAAAGCCACAUUCUUCCAAGGGUGGCAUAUUGGCAGAUGAUAUGGGUCUGGGUAAAACUCUUGUUGUUAUCAGCCUGAUUAUGGCUAAUCAUCUUAAUGGCAAGCCAAUGUUUGCAAGGUCAUCUAACAAGGUUUGUUUCUUUGCGGCUUCACCCUUUGACUCCCAAGAGUGAUAAGCAUUUAAUUCUCCAAACAGUAUCACCCCUUAAUCAAACAUGAAGGUUGUAAGAAUAAAGGUAAUAAUCACAAACUCAAGAAGCUCUUGAUUGUUAAUUCUCCUGGUAAGUACCAUUGCAAAUGUAUAGAGAGCAGUAUGGAGAAUGUGUAUACUGGUGUUAGGGUGAGAAUGGUAAUUAUGACUCAGCAAAUUUUAUAGCAUUUCAGAAUGUGAAUGUUUUGGUUGCCAUUUUGACUGAGAAAAUUUUCGGCUUUUAAUUUUGGGCAUAAGUGACCAAUUUGAUGGUAUGUUUUUGAUGCUCAUGUAGCAUGUAGUGUAUUGAUUAUACAUGUACCUAUUUUAAUCAUUGACAACAACCUUAGUAUGGGUUCUAAGGUGAGCACUUUGUACUUAAUUCAGUAAAUGUACUACUGGCAGUAAUCCCACUGUACUGGAAAUACCUGCAUGCUGUAAAAUUACUAUAAGUCAAUAAACUCAUAUACUUGUAUAAUGUGUAAUGUGUUUAUCAAUAAAGUUCAGUGAGCCUUUGGCAAUGACGAAGGAAUAGCCUCUCUAUGUCUGAAUGAUGACACUACAUAGCAAGUUGUGAUUUUUAAUUUUUGUGUCAUAGCGGAAGGCAUCAAGUUCAGGCCAAGAUGGAGAAUGUAAACAUGAACCAGAAGAGAAGAUGGCACACAAGGAAAGAAUUGAUGAAGAUGAUCCUAUGGAUGUGAAAGGGGAAGUUAAAAAAAUAAGCAUAAAGAAGCGGAGGAACGUUACAACUAAAAAGAAGAGGUGAGUAUAUUUUUGAGUUUAUUUAAUUCAGUUAACAUCUUUACGAUGUUUUCUAAAUUAACAUGCUCAUGCUUCGUGAUAUUUCAGGUUGGCUGAGAGUAAGAUGUUAAAAGAGCCUGGCUUUAAAUUCAGGCAAAUGUAUCUUUCCAAGUUGUCCAGGUAUUUUUGUUUGAUGAUUUUUUUCCCAGACAUGUGAGCCCAUUUUUACUACCUUUGGAAAUAGUAUGUGUGGUAUUUUAGUUACAGUGGUAUAUCAGGUAAUGUCAAUCACUGGAAACACCUUUUCGUUUUGGACUCCCAACUUUUGACUUUCGAUGUGACACUUUGCCAUUUUGCAUCAUGACAUUUGACAAAUGAUUUUAAAAUUUGACCCAAAUAUGGGACAGAAAAAGAUAUCUUGAGGUUCAUGGCAAUUCAAAUCUGAGAUUUUGGAAUUUCAUGGUCAGAAACCUUACAAACUAUAGAGCUAUGAAGAACUUGUCAUUGAGCUAGCUAGGUAAUAAACAUUUGUAAUCUUAACUGUCUCUUGUUAUUAAUUAUACCUACAGCAAAUCACCAAAGAAGGAAAAACACAAAGUAACAAAGGAACUGCCACAACCAGUCAGCAUUGACAGUGAUUUUAACACUGAUGUGGCAGCUGAGUCAUGGCUGUCUACAGGCAGUGGCAGUAUUUGUGGAAGUGGCAGUGGCAGCAGCAAACCCCUACCAGAUGAUGAGCACAGUGCCACGCUGAUUGUGUGUCCAUUAUCAGUGCUCAGUAACUGGACAGUAAGUACUUAAACACCCUUUCAUCUCUUCUUAGCACAACUUGUUGUACAACCUUGGAGCUUGAAAAGAAGAGAGUUAUCAUUUCCCUCUUAGUCUUUCCUAUAUUUCCUAACCUCCUCUUCCCAAUUUACAUCCUUUUCUUACCCCUCCUAAAAUUUUUAGGUUUCCUAGUUAUUCUCUUGAUAUACUGUUAAUUAUUGUUAUGAAUCACCUCUAUUAAAUAACACAGGCAUUCACUUUGUAGCAUUUUACCAAUUGAAUCAGUGAAUCAUACCAAGGGGAUCCUAAGAUAUAUUUUUUCAGUUCUCGCUGUGACAUUACAAAAGAUGAUAAACAUCUCAAAACAAUUUCACAGUGGCCUCGCCAGCAUGUAAUUGAAAACAAGACUUUUCUUUUUCCUUCCUAAUUUUUUUCGGAUAUGUAGGAUCAGAUAUGCAGCCACAUCCAUACAGAUGUCAGUUUGCAAGUGUACAUGUAUUAUGGUGCAGAGCGUUUGAGAGAUGUGAAUUUCCUCAGACAGCAAGACAUUGUGUUAACAACUUAUCCAACACUGACAAAUGAUUAUAGGCGGGUAAGAAGUACAUAUGUGGUCAAAUAUAUUUCCUUAUACUGGGUUGUUCUAGAAACUGGCCCAAAAGAGCCAUGUGGGCCCAUUUCCUUGAUUUUAAAGGGGCUCAAGAUAGGGGUACCCAUAAAGGUGUUUGAACUUAUUUGUAUUAGUGUAAACACUGAGAAAACAAAGAAAUUGAGACUGUAAGGGCUGAUUAAUUAAACAAAGUUUAGCUGCUGUUCAACAAAACCAUGCUCUAAACUGUCUUCAAAUUAGCUGAACCUAAAACCUGAAAAUUUAUGUUUGUUAAUGGUGUCAACAGGGCUGAAAGCUAACAUUGGAAAUAACUUUUAUUUCAUUAAAUCAACCCUCUCAAAGAGAAUACCUGUCACCCACUGCUUGCAUAAAACCACAUUUUGGGUUGGAUCUCAAGUAAAUCACCAGCUCUAAGAGACUGUAAAGUAUGAAGGGAGUUUUAAAAAGUCACUGUCAUAUCAAUGUUUUUGUUCAUUAUGUUUGCCUGUAUGUAUCUAGAGAAAAAUUCAUGGGCACAAUUUUUUCUGCCCUAUUUGAUGCAAGAUGCAAAUUCUAUGCAGCUUUUUUUUUUUACUUUCAGAAAUCCCUCAAAGCUGGGCUGUAAAAUGAACCCUGCUUAUAUUAUGUGACAAUUUUCCAGUCAUUAUAAAUCAAAAGUGGAAGAAUAAUUAUCUAAGACAUGUAUUCAUCAACAUGUGUUACAGUGUUACAGUGUUACAGUUUUAAUAUACCAUGUUGAGCUACACAUGCACAGAUAAACAACGCACCCAUGGCAUGUGUAGUGCAUUUGUUUUCUAAGGGAUUACUUCCAAGAGCUUAUUGGUGUGUUUUUGUUUUCACACCAAUUUUUUAUAUAAUUGUGAGACAGAGCCUUUGAAAGACACAGAUUUGAAACAAAUUGCAAUUCAAUAUUUUUAUUUGCCAUUCAGCUUGACUCUCCACUUCAUAGGAUCAAGUGGCUUCGUGUCAUUUUAGAUGAAGGUCACACUAUACGGAAUCCUCAGACUUCUUUGACCAAAGCAAUGAUUGACUUGGUGGCAAAGCACCGAUGGGUUCUCACAGGAACCCCAAUACAGAACAGGUUGGAUGACCUGUGGUCUGUGGUCAAAUUUUUGCGUCUGGAGCCAUUUGAUGAUAAAAAAUGGUGGAAUGCUGCCUUGGCAUCCAGCAUGAGGAGAGGAGAUGAACAGGCAGUCAAGUAAGCUGUGUAAUAUUUGGUGUGAAAGUGUUAUUUCUUUGAAUUAUUUCAUGCCUUGUAUAUGCUUGUCAAGUUUCUGAGGUUUAUUCGGAAAUUGACAGAUAUUGCCGAGUGCAAUUGUCAUUUACUUAAGAUUUGCUUUUUCUAUAAGAGCACACUUCUUAUCUCUUGACCCGCCAUCUUGUGCUUCCAGUCGCUUACAGAAACUCCUCAAGCACAUCUCAAUCAGAAGGCUGAAAACAGAUCAGGAUGAUGGAAGACCACUGGUAAAAUUGCCUCCCCGAACUGUGGUCAUUCAAGAAGUGGAACUGUCGGAAGAAGAACGAACAUUAUAUGACUCCAUGCAGAAACACGGACAACUGAUCAUCACAGGGUGAGACUUUUUGAGGCACUGUCUGUUCCGUUAUCUAUCUGGUUUGGGUUCAUACAGAGUCUAAAACUCCUGGCAAAGCUUAGAGUCAGAUAACAGGGUAAUUUGGUAUUAUCAAGUGAGUUGAUGAAGCUAAUUAUUGGCCACCAUGAAGAGUUUGAAAGCUGACUUCUCGAGCGUCAGCCUUCGUGCGAAUUACCGAGGGCUGACGCUCGAAAUGUCAGCUUUGAAACUUUUCACGGUGGCAAAUUUACGCCAACAACUCGGUUGAUAAAGCCAAAUUAUCCUGUUAUACUCUCCCACCGACGCAGCACCACAGUUUCUUUAGAAACUUAGCCCCUUUAUUCCUUUAGCUUUGCCGGAUAGCCUCCUUCAAAGCCGUUCUCUGAUCUGGCCGUGUAACGGCUCCAGCGGAAGAAGCUGCUAGUACGGGUGGGGGAGGGGUGGGGGAGCGUCUUGCAUGACUAGAUCAUUGAACGGCUGAGAAUAAGACUAAAAAUUGGAUACUUGCAAACUACUUUUCGUAGCUGGAAAAAGUUUGGCAAAAAAUGGAACGAGUUUUUCCACUAUUUGUUGACAAUCGCUUGAUUUUCGAGGGAAUGUUUGUUAGCCCUGAAAUUACGACUGUUGCUAUCUCCAGAGAACUUGAUCCGAAACUUUUAUUCCGUAACAGAUAUAUUCAGAAUGGAACAGUCCUCGCCAAGUAUGCGCACUGCUUUGCAAUUCUCAUGCGUCUUCGCCAACUUUGUUUGCAUCCAAAACUCUGUGAGGAGGAAUGUCAGUCGUUGCAGCGUGCUCAGGAUUUAUUGCAAGGUAUCUAUAAUUGAUCUUAUAUGUAGAAUGAUAUUUUUUGAAAACAUGAUAUCUGCUUUGUAUGGUGAAGCUACCUUAGAGGGUGUUAAGAAAUAUUUUUUAACAUUUGUCACGUUGCUAUAACAGAGAAAAAAAAUUCUCAAAUCAGUUUUUCAAACCUAGCCAGUUACCAUUUGCGGUCGGGUGGGAAUCGGUUGCUCCUAAAACUGUGCCACCGAAAAUCGGUAUCUAGCUAGGCCGGAUAAGCUUCAUAUGUGAGAAGCGUCCUGCAUGCUGGUAAGAUCAUAAACGAUGAAAGCGUCCGGUGUGGUAAGAGAGAGAGAAAUUACAGAUUUUUGGAUCUUCAAAUAAAAGAUAUCGAACAUUUGGCGCGGGUGUGGGUUGUUUUCACUUGUCGCGAUGUUCAUAUUGCAAUGACCAGGUCAGAUGUACUGUAUAUCUAAUCUUUUCUUUAUUACAAAUGGUCGCUUUUUUUAAUUCCAGGACUUGAAGACUCUGAUGAUGAUGACCUCGAUAUGGACUAUAAUAAUCAACGACUUAUCAAAGAUCUACUCGCGACUCUGUAUUCGGGAAGUGACGAGGAAUGUUCGGUAUGCCUCGACUCCCUGGUCGAACCAGUCAUCACUCGUUGUGCGCAUGCCUUCUGCCAGCAGUGCAUCAUGGAUGUGAUAACAUCAGAGAAUCUUGCUCCGCACUGCCCUCUGUGUCGUGCGCCCCUUAAUGAGAACGAACUGAUUAAAGUUCCCGAGAAGAAGAAACAAAAAUCACCGCCUGCAGAGAAAACUAGCGAGGAAUCGGAAGGAAAAGAGAAAAGUUCUAAGGUCUGAAAGUGUUCUUAUAGGCAGUGUUUCGUUGUGUAGCUGUGAAAACCAAACUGACUAAAGCGCGGGAAAACGCAAGCGACCAAGCCGCCAUUGGUCUUAUUUUGCCAUGUGAUUGGUCGAGAGGGGGGUUUGAGUUUUCUAGUUCAAUCACAGAGCGAAGCAAAUUUAUAAUUUUUAGAAUUUUUUGUUCGAUACUCAUAUGAAAGUCGCCUGAUUUUAUUGAUUUUGUCACCUACAAGAUUUCAUCGAGAUCUCUGUGUUUUUAGUUGAAUGCCUUGAUGGGAGCGUUAUGUGCCAUCCGAGAUAAGGAUCCCUCUACAAAAAGCCUUGUUGUUUCUCAGUUCACGUCAUUUUUGGAUCUCAUCGAAGAGGCGCUUCACAAAGAAGGCUUCACUUUUGUCAGGUUGGACGGGAGGAUGAUGCAAGAGGCCCGGGCCCGAGCUAUAGAGAGCUUUGCCGACACUAGUUCCAGUUCACCAACAGUGUUUCUGUUGUCACUGACAGCUGGUGGCGUGGGCCUGAAUCUGACAGCUGCCACACGAGUUUUUCUCAUGGAUCCGGUAUGUUCAACACUUUCCGUUGUAAACAUUGCAUGAAUAGCAUCAGGUCUACCUAGUAUUCAUUUGAAGAAGGUCUGGACUCCGUAAACUCCUUGCAUAUUUAUAGGCAAACGAUGCUGCGACAGACUUGUAACGAGACAUACUUAUACUUUUCUGUGGUGAAUUGAUGUUUUAGGCUUGGAAUCCAGCCAUUGAAGAACAGUGUUUUGAUCGUAGCCACCGACUGGGUCAAACGAAAGAAGUUAUUAUUACUAAGGUUGGUGUUGAAGAUAGUUCUGAAUCUUAACCGAGUGGCGUUGCUUGCGCAGUGUCGUUGACUGUGAGCUUAUCUUUCAGUACAUUGUGAUGAAUUCCGUGGAAGAACGUAUGCUUACAUUGCAAGAACAGAAGAGAACGCUGAUGAGCCAGGCCUUCGGUGUACAGAGGCAGAGCCAGGAAGAGAGGAGGCGGGCUCGAGUCCGAGAUAUCAAGCAUCUGAUUGGUCUAUGAUGAAGGAAAUAUGGACAUUUAACGACUUUUGGAUUUGCCAAAAAUGGCUGAAUCGUAUACAGCAUUUGACUUUGACUCGUCUUUCAUUGUUAGAUUCUCGUUCAUGUUAAGGAAGAAUUUAAAAACUCUCCAAAGAGAAAACGCUUGUUUAAAAGGCAAGUGAAAAAAAGGUGCAACUGUUUUGAAAUCAAGAUGAACUGAAAAUGUUCCGUUUAGUGACGUUUGAUCCACCAAUAUCACGACUCGCCAAAUUCCCUUUCACUUAGAGCUUUAAAUACAGAGCCCCUUAGAAUUAAAAAAAUGCCCUCUCAAGUGAGAGAAAACUUGAUGAUAGCGUCGAAUAACAAUGUUUGUGAUGUUUCCGUGAAAUAAGUAAAGGAUUACGGUUUGUAGCACUGUAGAAGACAAUUGCUUGUUUCUAGAGGUGACUUGUUUUCCUGUUUUAUCAAUUUCUCUGAUGUCUUUUUUAAUAAGGUUCUUUAAAAUUGAACUAGAAGGUUUGUAUUUUAAAAGAUAGAUAUCCAUUAGAAAUUAAUUCAGACAUGCUAAACAACUCGGAAUGUUAUACACGUAUUUUAAUUGAAGAUGUAUAUUUAUGUGGUGAUAGUAACACCUGCUGGUGAUGAAGUCACCCGAGGUUGCUAAAUAGUAUUAAACGACUUUUGAAUUUUU